ACAAUUCUGUUCACGUUUUUAUCGAUAACUCUAACCUCUUUAUUGAGGGUUCGAAAGUUGUUGGUCAAUUAGAAAAUGUGAAUGUCUAUGACAACAAGCAAUCAAACUUCCUUGAUUUUUAUGUAGAUCAUGUUCUACUUGUCACAACAGUUUUAAAUGGACGAAAAAUAGGCAAUACUUUUAUUGUCGGCUCUGUUCCGCCACCUAAUGAUACAUUGUGGGACUGA